CUACUCCGAUGCAGUAGGUGGCGGUAUGCAACUUCCCAAUACGACAGAAAACGAGAAGGAGCAGCAGCAGACCCUAACGUUUCACUAACGAAAACGUACACAACAGCAGCUAAGGCUUUGCUUUGUAUUGGAAAUAAUAAAUUAAGUUAAAACGCAGAGCACUUAUUUGCUAUAUAAUACAUCUUCAUUAGUGUUUUAGGAACCUACAGCUCAGGAGCAGGAUGUCUUAUAUGCUACCACAUCUUCAUAAUGGCUGGCAAGUUGACCAAGCCAUCCUGUCUGAGGAGGACCGAGUCCUUGUAAUCCGCUUCGGACACGACUGGGACCCAACAUGCAUGAAAAUGGACGAAGUUCUGUACAGCAUCGCUGAAAAGGUAAAGAAUUUUGCUGUCAUUUACUUGGUGGACAUCACAGAAGUGCCUGACUUCAACAAGAUGUACGAGCUGUACGACCCCUGCACCGUAAUGUUCUUUUUCAGGAACAAGCACAUUAUGAUUGAUUUGGGCACUGGUAACAACAACAAGAUCAACUGGACAAUGGAAGACAAGCAGGAGAUGAUAGACAUUAUUGAAACAGUGUACCGAGGAGCAAGAAAAGGAAGAGGUCUGGUGGUGUCCCCGAAGGAUUAUUCUACAAAAUACAGAUACUGAUUUUUAUUUUUUGGGGAGAUUUUUUUUCUAAUAUUUUGUGACACAACACAGAGACUACAAGUUACAGAAAUCCAGGAAGGUCCCUUUUGUUUCCACCAGGAAAACAGGACAAUAUUCUUAUGAAUGGUCACGAUUAUUUUACGUUGUGCCACGUAUGUUUUUGUGUGUAAUUUUAAUUUUAUCUAAUUUCUUCCACAUUCUUUUCUUUUUAAAGAUGAAUUUUUGUGACACAAACACAACAAGACAUUGCACAAGACUUCAUAUUUAAAUAUUGCAAUAAACAUGGACAGAUUUAUAA